GGUUAUAAAAGUCCGCGCCGUCCUACAUUCCGUAUUAUUCUGUUUGCGGAGGAGCGUCGCUGUUAUUCUGAGUGUUGGAGAACCGAGCCGACCGCCUAAGUUCAUAAUGCAGAUUUUUGUGAAGACCCUGACUGGUAAGACCAUUACCCUUGAAGUUGAGCCCAGUGAUACCAUAGAGAAUGUCAAGGCUAAAAUACAGGACAAGGAAGGAAUUCCCCCUGACCAACAGCGCCUGAUCUUUGCUGGGAAGCAGCUGGAAGAUGGCCGCACCCUGUCCGAUUACAACAUCCAGAAAGAAUCUACCCUGCAUCUUGUUCUGCGACUGCGUGGGGGGAUGCAGAUUUUUGUGAAGACCCUGACUGGUAAGACCAUUACCCUUGAAGUUGAGCCAAGUGAUACCAUAGAGAAUGUCAAGGCUAAAAUACAGGACAAGGAAGGAAUUCCUCCUGAUCAACAGCGCCUGAUCUUUGCUGGGAAGCAGCUGGAAGAAGGGCGUACCCUGUCUGAUUACAACAUCCAGAAAGAAUCUACCCUGCACCUUGUUCUGCGACUGCGUGGGGGGAUGCAGAUUUUUGUGAAGACCCUGACUGGUAAGACCAUUACCCUUGAAGUUGAGCCAAGUGAUACCAUAGAGAAUGUCAAGGCUAAAAUACAGGACAAGGAAGGAAUUCCCCCUGACCAACAGCGCCUGAUCUUUGCUGGGAAGCAGCUGGAAGAUGGCCGCACCCUGUCCGAUUACAACAUCCAGAAAGAAUCUACCCUUCACCUUGUCUUGCGACUGCGUGGGGGGAUGCAGAUUUUUGUGAAAACCCUGACUGGUAAGACCAUUACCCUUGAAGUUGAGCCCAGUGAUACCAUAGAGAAUGUCAAGGCUAAAAUACAGGACAAAGAAGGAAUUCCCCCUGACCAACAGCGCCUGAUCUUUGCUGGGAAGCAGCUGGAAGAUGGCCGCACCCUGUCCGAUUACAACAUCCAGAAAGAAUCUACCCUGCACCUUGUCUUGCGACUGCGUGGGGGGAUGCAGAUUUUUGUGAAGACCCUGACUGGUAAGACCAUUACCCUUGAAGUUGAGCCAAGUGAUACCAUCGAGAAUGUCAAGGCUAAAAUACAGGACAAGGAAGGAAUUCCCCCUGACCAGCAGCGUCUGAUCUUUGCUGGGAAGCAGCUGGAAGAAGGGCGCACCCUGUCCGAUUACAACAUCCAGAAAGAAUCUACCCUGCACCUUGUGUUGCGACUGCGUGGUGGACUUUGAAAAUCUUGUGUAUUUUGUCUUUGCAUGAUUCACUGUAUGCAUCUUACUUUUGAAAUGAGUAAACUGGACUUAAUACCUGAAGCAUUGUAGAUAAUAAAGUUUUUGGCAAUAACUGA